UCCUAAUUCGUAUGGUUCAAAAAUCAAAAUGGCCGGCCGAAACGCUUCAGUGUGAGUUUUAAUACCGCAUUGCUGCGCUUCUUUUGAAUAAAUUGUUUUGAUAUCCGAUCAACUUUCUGUGUUUUGGCCGCCAAUGUCAAAUUGGAUCAAAAUAAAUUGUUUGGUUUAUUUCAUUGGUGAGCAACAAUAGAAUGAAAUGGAGUCCAUCGUUGUUAAAACUGAAAUGCAACCCAAUGGGGAAAUAUUGCUCUUCUAUGUUGAUGAAAACGGUGGCAAUGAGGAAGGUGUAAUAACAACAGUUGAGAACAUAGAAAAUCAAGCAAUACAACUCCAGCAAGAUGACUCUUUCAUCAUACAAGAUGUCGGAGAUGAUUCUAACGAAAUGAACAUCAAUCUAUCAGCACUCACUGACAACUGGACCGAGGAAGACACCAAGAGACUUCUUGUAUUCUACAAUGAUAACAAACAAACAUUCAUAUCUGGAACAACUAAGAAAAAACAUCUUUGGACUGUGGCUUGCAAGACCAUGCUUGUUGGUAAAACCCCAACUGCAUGUGAAGCUAAACUCCUCAGCUUACAGGCAAAGUACAAUGAGAUCUGUGGUCAUAUACAAAAAGGAGUCUAUAUAAAGUGGCCAUAUUUUGAACUGUGCCACCAAAUAUUCCAAGAUGACACCCCUGUGAUCACUGUUGAAACCUUAAACACUCCAGAACCACAAAUUAUCAAAGUUCCCACUUUAAAACAGAAUUUUGACAAUGUAAUGGUGGUUAAAAAGGUGAAUAGUCGAGCUGAUGAGAAAGUGGAAACAAUGUUAAACUUGUAUUUGAAAUACAAGAAGAACUUUCAGGAAGAGUAUUGGAGGCGGGGGAUAUGGGAGACUAUUGCGAUGGAGUUAGGAGACGAUAAUGGUGAAUAUUGGCAAAAACGCUUUUUGAACUACAAACAGCACUAUUUAAGAUUGCUAGAUAAGAGACGUCUGAACGGCUCUGAAGGCAUCAACUGGCCGUAUAUGGAACUGUUUGACAAAAUAUUUGAAGGCGAUGAAGAAUUUCAUAGAAAAUAUGUAAAUGAACAGUACUCUUACAUUGAAAAUGAAGCUAUUGCUGAAGUAGAGGAACAACCACCCACAGUUGAAGAUUGGGACAGCACUGAAAUGACUGUUCUAGUCAAGUACUGCUUUGAUUGCUUUGAAGAGUUUGAAGACCCUACAAUACCUAACACUUUCUUAUGGAAUGAGAUAGGACGCCUAUUAGACAAGACUGCUGACCUUUGCAAGUCGAAGUAUGAAGAACUUAAAAACGAGCACUUAGAAAAAUAUAUCGCGGGAGGCUACGACUUACGUACAAGGAAAACUAUUGAGAUAUUAUUUGACAACCUGGUAUCGAAAGAAGUUGAGGUUCAAUUGUCGAAGGUUACCAGAAAGCCUGAACUAGAGGUUUGGAAGACAGAAGAAUUGGAUGAACUGGUGCAAUUCUUCUAUGAGAACGUAGAGAUGUAUAAAGACACCAUCUGCCACUUUGUGUGUUGGGCAGCGAUAGUUAAGAAGUUGAAAAGAACUAUGCAGAGUUGCAGAAGCCAAUGGGAAGAUUUGUUAUGCCUGUACAAGACAAUACUGAAUGAUAAGAAAGAAAAUCCUGAUAUGCAGAUAGAUUGGCGGUACAUAGAGGUUUUUGAUAGGAUAUUUGACUAUGGAAUGGAUACAAACUUGCUUUCAGGGUAUGAAAAUUUGAAGAAUCAAAAUAACACUGCUGACUCAGGCAUGGUUGGUGUCAAAAAAGUAAACAUCAAAAUGGAGGAUUCUAUCGAAGAGUUCAGUGAAGAUGAGGAAUGUUAUGACGAGCGAGGCUUCACCAAACGUACCAAACGACGUUCAGGAGACUCGAAAGCUUUUAAAAUCCUUGAAUACUAUCAGAAAAAUAAAGAUAAGUUCUCCACAACAAACAGAAACAAGCAUUCCUUGUGGGAGGUAUUGGCUAAGCAGCUGGGAAUUUCAGCCACACAAUGCGCUCAUAGGUUCAGGAACCUUAAGCAGGUUUACACAGCAUAUGUCCAAAGAGAGAUUAACAAACCAGAGAUGCCCAUUCUAUGGCCUUACUACGCUCUUUGCAAAAAAGUCUUCGGCUACCGAGCAAUAAAAUCCAAACUCAAAAAUGGUAAAAUAGAUUCUGACGACAGCGAAGACUGGUCAGCAAAAGAAAUAAAGCAACUUUUCAAUUAUUUCUCACAAAACUUUUAUGAAAUCAACAAUAAUAUAGAAGAUGCUACCAAAUGGUCCGACUUGGCCGGUGAGAUAGGUAAAAGUGAGAAUGCUUGCAGAGAAAAGUUUCUUGAACUUAGAAAGUCUUACAGGAAGCUGAAAACUAUGAGGACAAGAAAUCCUGAUGUUAAAAUAUCUUGGAAAUAUUUUAAUAUGUUUGAAAAUAUUUAUAACAGUAAUGAGAAUGGUGUAGCUGAGGGUAUGGAAGUAGAUGAAACAUAUGCUGAGGUGCCAAUGGGAUCUGAUGAAAAGAAUGAACAAGAAGAAGACGAUUAUCAAUGCAUCAUAGUUAUACCAGAAGGUCAAGAUUUGUCAGAGAUAGAAAACGCUCAAUUCAUAAUACAAGAACAGCUUGAGACUGAAUCACAGGAAUCUAUCACGGAAGAACCACCAAAACCGGUGAAACUCGUCAAGUGGACGAAAAGAACUAAAAAGAGGCUACUUAUCUUCUACAUCAACUACAUACGAUCUCACAAAGGAAAGGAAAUUAUUCCCAAAGAGAUGUGGGCAGAAAUAGCCGCCAAACUACCAGAUAAAACUCCACUUUCAUGCAGAAAAAUGUUUGCGAAACUCAAGGCAAACCAUAAACAAAUUAACGAAACAGAUCCUAAUGGCAAGAAAACUCCUUACUACACUUUAAUGGAAAAAGUAAUGAGACUAAAACCAAAAUUCGCUAAAACGCAACAAAAUAAAGCAUUAAAAGACGGCAAAGUAUACAAAGAUGUAUCUUUACCUGAUGACAAAGUUGUACAAGCAUUACAAUAUUACUUAGAAAAUAUCGAAGAUUUUGUUAGUCCACGAUUUGAGAAGAAAUAUCUAUGGACUGAAUUGGCUAACUACAUUUGUGAGCCCGUUACAAAAGUGUUUAACAAAAUUAACUAUUUGAAACAAUCUUACAUGAAUGAAAAUGCUAAUGAAGUUACAGAAAAAACUCCCUUUGAGGACCUAUUAAAGGAGAUAUUUGCUAAAGAGAUAGCAAUCAAAUUAGUUUUAGAAAAUCAACCGAAGCCUGUUAUCGAAGAGUCUUGUACAGAAGAAAGUUGGACAGAUGAAGAGACAGAACAACUUCUAGAAUGGUAUCUAAGUAAUUUGGAUAAAUUCAAAAACCCUAAAUUUGUAAGAAGCUACUUAUGGAUGGAAGUUUCUAGUAUGUUGAAUAAAAGUGCUAUUACUUGUUCGAAGAAAAUGUCUGAAAUAAGGACUCAGUAUAGAAAUAUGGUGAGGGAAAGACCAGAAGAAUUGAAUGAAUGGAGAUUCCUUGAUCUUUGUCAGAAAAUCUAUGGGACUGGAAAGAAAGGGGCACAGGCUAACACUAAUUAAAGUUUAUGUUAAGUAGUA